AUGGCUUUCUCACGAGAAGGUUUUACGGUCGAUGUUAUUGCCCAAUGGGUGAGGAAAUCAGUACUCAACCCGUUUCUAUCAAUACCAAUUGCCGCCGGGCUAGCAGUGGCCGCAGCGCAAGGUCACGGAGCAAUUGGGAUUUCCGGAGUUAAACCCGAAAAUGUUCGCAAGCUAGCCUACAUCGCUGCGCUCGCUAGUCUUGUUCUCUCGACGACGGAAUAUCUCAACAAAUGGUCGGCAAACAACUGGGUGACGGACAACAAGUGGGACUGGGACCGAGAAAUCAUCGUUGUCACCGGCGGCAGCAGCGGCAUUGGCGCAAGCAUCAUCAAGCACAUCUUUGCCAGAAACCCAAAAGCGACAAUUGUCGUGGUAGAUUUGGCCCCGUUAUCAUGGGAACCACCCAAGGGCUCCAAGCUUCACUACUUCAAGUGUGACCUGACCGAUACCGCGGCACUGAAGACGCUGUGCACUCUCAUUCGAACCCAGGUUGGGGAUCCUACGGUUCUUAUCAACAAUGCCGGCAUCGCGCGGGGAGCAACAAUUAUGGAAGGCUCAUAUGCUGACAUUGAGCUUACGGUGAAGACGAAUCUCAUCGCGCCCUUCUUGCUGACGAAGGAGUUCCUGCCGUAUAUGGUCCGUAGGAAUCAUGGACAUAUCGUUAACAUCGGUUCAAUGAGUUCGGUGGUCCCACCCGUCAGAAUCGCAGAUUAUUCUGCAACCAAAGCAGGACUGACUGCCAUGCAUGAGUCUUUACAACUGGAGUUGAAGUACAUCCACAAAGCACUGAAAGUUCGUCAAACCCUUGGAAUCUUCGGCUUUAUUAGGACACCACUCGUUCCGUUCAAUCCUGGGCAACCGCAUUUCGUUAUGCCGCUACUUCACGUUGAUACCGUUGGUGAGGCAAUCGUCAACGGUCUUUACAGCGGAUACGGCGGGACUAUCUACCUACCCAGAAUCAUGUCUUUGGUGACUGCACUCAGAGCAGGUCCGGAAUGGAUAUGGCGCCUAGCGCGAGAGACGACCGCCAGUGCAAAGGAUAUUCCUUACACCCCCCGCCAGAAGAUCAAUGACUUGACGGGCACGUUUGACUUGGAAGAGGCUAGCAAGGCAAAGACCAACGGGGUCAAGAACGAGGAGCUUUAA